AUGCCAAAUUUUGGAGAGGUCCCAAAUCUUGAGAAGCUGAAUCUUGAAGGAUGUAUAAGACUUGUGGAGAUCGAUCCAUCCAUUGGUCUUCUAAGAAAGCUUACUGUUUUGAAUUUGACAGACUGCAAAAAUCUAGUAAGUAUACCCAACAACAUUGUGGGUCUCACUUCUCUUCGAUCUCUAUAUCUAACGGAGCAUUUGAAGAAGUUUGAUAUAAGUAGUAAAACAGCCAUGCACUCCCAAUCAACAUACUCCAGCUCCAUCUUCAAAAGGUUUUUGUUCCCUUUCCGUUCAUUGUAUUCUCCAACACUUAAAGAUUCAGCUACUUGUUUGUUGCCUUCCUUGCCUAGCUUCUCUAGUAUGACAGUUCUUGAUCUAAGUUUCUGCGAUUUGCAUCAACUCCCUGAUGGUAUUGGAAGUUUACAUAGCUUAGUAUCGCUUAGUUUAGAGGGAAACAAGUUUGUUACACUGACUUGUAGCCUGAAGGAGCUUUCAAGACUUCUUUUAUUAAGAUUGUCGCACUGCAAGCAGUUGAAAUCUUUGCCUGAGCUCCCUUCACGUACGGACAUACAUGAGCAGUUGAGAAUCCGAGAGUUAUAUGCUUUCAACUGCCCAAAUUUGGAAGAGAGGGAAAGCCGCAGUACCAUGAUUUUUCCAUGGAUGACACAAGUCAUUGAGGCAAGGCAGACACCACCUGGGGGCAUUUGUUGGAUUGAUAUUGUUAUUCCGGGAAGUGAAAUACCAAAGUGGUUCAACAAUCAGAGUGUGGGUAGUUCAAUAAGAAUAGACCCAUUUCCCAUUAUGCAUCAAAAUAAUUGGAUUGGCAUUGCUUGUUGUGCAGUGUUUGUGUCACGUUAUGAUCCAAUUACUUUGACAAAUGAACAGAUGCCCCUUUUAGGAAAAUCCUGCCCAUAUGUAUGUGUGUGUGGCUUCACUGUAUACUAA